CAACAACUCUAUUCACCCCCCCCUCUAGAGUUGCACGUCUUGUCUAACAAUUGGUAUCGGAGCGGGUAUCUCUAACGCUUCUUGUGACGUUUGAGAAAACGAUCAAUUUUUUUUUUGAGAAUGUGAACGCAGGGAUUGGAGAAGGGCAAUCCACCGUAAGGCCGCCAUUUUUUGAUGGAACAAAUUACUCAUAUUGGAAGGAGCGAAUGAGGAUUUUUGUUCAAUCAAACGACUUUAAAAUUUGGCUUGCUAUCAAGAUCGAAUGGAGAUAGCUUGCCGAUGAAGAAGAUGGGCGAUACACUCAUCUCGAAGGACGAGGAUGAAUACGAUGAAGCCGACUUCAAGAAGGUACAAUUGAAUGUCACCGCCAUAAACUUUUUGUAUUGUGCUGUCAACGCCAACGAUUAUCAAAAGAUAUCUCGUUGCCAAACCGCCAACCAAAUGUGGAACAAGCUCAUGAUCACAUACGAAGGUACGCCUCAAGUUCGUGAAUCAAAAAUUGAUUUACUAACCCAUGAAUAUGAGUUAUUUGCUAUGAAAAAGAACGAGCUUGUGGAGGACAUGUUUGGAAGAUUCUCAAACAUUAUCAACGACCUUGAUAUGCUUGGAAAGACUUUCACUAACAAGGAGUUAGUGAGGAAAAUCUUGCGAAGUCUUACCAAGGAAUGGGAGUCAAAGGUAAACUCCAUCUAUGAAGGCCGAGAUUACAAUGUUAUCACAUAUGACGGUCUUCGAGGUAAUCUUAUCACUUACGAAACAAAUCAUCUUUCUCAUACUCUUGAUGUUAAGAAGAGAACGGGAAUUGCUUUUGAAGCAUCUUCUUCUCAAAAAGUAGAGAUUGGUGAUUCGGAUUCGGAUAGUGAUAGUGAUAGUGAUUCUAGCACUUCUUGUGAUAUUUUGGUUGAAUGUUUUAACGAGUUUAUGAAACAUGAGCUUAAUAAUAGCAAGAAGAAAAAUUCCCCAAAAUGUCACAAGUGCGGAAAGCUUGGCCACCAAAAAUUUGAGUGCCCGAAGCUCAAGAAGAGGAGCAAACAAGAUGAGUUCACAUACUUUUCGUGGAAGUAUGAUGAACCUUCCAAAGACAAUUGGCUCAUCACUCUUGAAGAACAAGAUGGGUGGUCGGGUACGUGAUGCACAUGGAAGGUGUGCUUGAAGACUACAAAUUUGUAGUGGAUGCUCCAAGCACUUAGCCAAAGAGAUUGCAUCAAAGGGGAGUAAAUUCUUUUUUUAAAUUAAAUGUUAUCUUUGAGAUUUAUAUGAAUUUAUUUGGGGAAUAUAUAUAGGAUGUUUUG